AUGGCGGGCAUGUGGUUGGGACUAGGACUUCUUUUCCAUCUAGUUGGCUCUGGGGUCUGGUCUACUGUCACCGCGCCUUUGAGAGGCCAGGAGGGAGGUGCCACAGCUUUCAAACAUGUAGCAAUCUCUUCAGUGCGCACACUCAUCGACAAUCUUUCUGUAGAGCAGAUCCAAUAUGUCCUUCCAGCCGACUCUGUCCUAAAAUCUUACGAAGACCACAUGCAACAACACAAGGGCAUACCCAACAUUCUGAAGCUUCUAGAUGGCACCCAAGCAUUCUGGCUUGGCAACCCAGAGGCUGAUAAACUCAUCAUCUAUGUUCCCGGCGGUGGCUACUGCAUCCCCGCACUACCAAACCACUUCAGCCAUGUCGAGGCCCUCUCCACCGACCUCAAGAACCACGGCAAAGAUAUAGGCGUGCUCUUCCUUAUCUAUGAUCUGGCCCCUGGUGCUCAAUGGCCCCGCCAAUUAGAGCAGGCUGUUUCCCUUUUACGAUAUGCCAUCGAGACGUUGGGGAAACGACCAUCCGACAUCUUACUCCAAGGCGAUUCUUCGGGCGCCCAUCUUGCUCUAGCGGUUUUGUCGCAUCUCGCUCAUCCUAAACUUGAAGGUAGCGUGGCCGCCUUGUCGCUCAGUGAAAAGCUCGGUGGCGCGAUGCUGCUGUCUCCCUGGAUUGAUUUCCGGACUCAUUUCGAGAGCUACAAAGAGAAUGCAGCUCGAGAUGUCAUAUCGGCAAAAUCCCUUGGCCGCUGGGCGCAAGCAGUCAUGGGCGAUUUUACAUCAGAUGAGUAUAGUCACCCUACGCAGGCGCCAACGGGCUGGUGGAAGGACCUUCCUGUUGCGAGGAUCUUUGUUGGAGUGGGAGGGGACGAAGUGCUUUUGGAUUCAAUCGUAGCUUUUGCAAAGAAGCUCAAGGCUGAACAUUCCGAGGUGAGCAUUAGCCUCGUUCCUAGAGAGUUCCACGUCGAGCCGAUCACGGACUUUCUCUGGAAAUUUCCACCCGGGGCGCAAUUCCAAGCAAUGGCAUCAUGGUUAAACCAGACAUUUGCGCAAUAA